AGGGACUAGGUCCCUAAUUGGCGAAGAAUUUCUUCUCCCUUGUUUCUCUCCUCCUCCUCUUUUCCCUGUUUUAAGCAAACUCUGUUUUCUUUCUCUCUGCAUUGCUCUUUCCUUUAUAAAAACUUAAAGCUUUUUUUUUUAAUUCUUUUUAUCUCUCCUCAUUCAGAUUCUCUCAUUAUUAUAGUAAUCUUUCAACAAAAAAUUGAUUUUUCCCUCUUCUCAAAUCCCUUGUUUUUCUUCUGUUUUCUCUUUCACAUUACCUUCAAUUUCACCAAAUUUGUUAAAAAAAAAAAAGAAGAAAGAAAACCCUUUUUUUUUUUUAGCUUAGUUUACCCUCCUUUAUUAGGUUGUUUUUACAAGGAAAAAAAAAACUCUACAGAAAAUCAGGUUGCCUGAGUUUAGGGUUCUUGAUAGAGGGUUCUUUUUAAUUUUUCUUGGUUUUUAUUGGUGAUUGAAUAAUAAAAAUAAAAUAAAAUAAAAUAAAAGAGAGAAUGGCUUUGAAUUGGGAUGAUUUUGAGAAUUCUUGGAGUUUUUGGAGUUGCAGUUGGGAUACUGAAAUCUCAAGUGGCAACACUGAAUCAAAAGGCUUUUAUGAAGCUGUUAAUGAUGAUAUUAUUGACAGAUUGCCUGAAGAUCCAUUUGGUAUGGAAAUAAGGUCUACUUUUGCUGCAGCAAUCACAGGUUGGUUUCAAGAUUUUGAGAAUGAUUUAUGGUCAGAUUUCUGUAUGUUUGGUAUGGAAGAUUAUGCUGAAAAACAAAUUGUUGAUCAACAACAAAUGUUUAAAGGUUUAAAUUGGGUUUGUAAUGGCACCAUGAGUUUAAAACCUGAUGAAAGUAUCUCUAGUUUUUAUGGUGAUCAAUCAUCUUUCUUUAAAGGUGUGAAUUGGGUUUGUAAUAACUCUGAGAUCAACGAAACAUCGAACCCGGAUUUUAAUGGAUUUGAGAUUGAUAAUGGUGGAAGUUUUGUAACCAAUGAUGAAGUUAAAGGAUUGAAGGAUAGUAAGGAAGUUAUUUGCAAUGAUAAUGAAGGAGGUGAACCAAGUGAUGCUUUGUUUUUCGCUCUUGGUUAUCUCGGUGUUAAGGACCUACUUGUGGUCGAAAGGGUUUGUAGGUCUUUGAGGGAUGCUGUUAGAAGUGAUACUCUUUUAUGGAGGAACAUCCAUAUUGAACAUUCUUUGAGUAGAAGGAUUACUAAUGAUGCCCUUUUGAAAUUAACUAAUAGGGCUAAAGGCUCUCUUGAAUACUUGAGUUUGGUUGGGUGUGUAAAGAUUACCGAUCAUGGCUUGAAGUGUGUGCUCGAAAGUAAUCCCAAGCUCACUAAGCUAAGUGUACCAGAAUGUACAGGCCUCAGUGUUGAGGGUAUUUUAUUCAAUCUAAAAGCCUUUAAGUCUAUCGGGUCACCAGGUAUUAAACACUUAAAAAUAGGUGGAUGUUUCAGUGUAACUGAGGAGCAAUUCAAGGAGUUAAAGUUUUUACUCGGUGCGGAUAACUCGAUACAAUUGAGAGAGCAAAAACCACAAUUUUUCCGUCAAGAUGAGAUAAGACUGAGCAUUGUCGGAUCAUUUGAGCCUUGUUCAUGAGGAGAAGCAAUAUUGUCAAGUAGAAGAGAGGAGACUGGUCUGGAUUUCGGAUGGAAAUCCCCAACCAUAGUGGGCUUAGAGCUGUGAGGGAAUUCGGAGUGGCCACUCGUUCUGAAAGUUUGAUUUUCUUCUGGUGAACUGGACAUCCUUUUAUUUACGUUUGAAGUUUUUGGGCUUUUAAAUGUAAUAAGGCCGCUUAAUUAUUUUUGAUGGUUUUAAUAUGUAUUACUAAGAUAGGUAAUACUUAUAUUUAACUGUUGAAA